AUGGCUGCUCUUUGGUACACCCUGGCUUUGCUGUCCCUAGCAUCCGCUACCACCGUCGACCUGGGAUACAGCAAGUAUGAAGGUUCUACGGUAUCCGGUGUCACACAGUGGCUUGGUAUGCGGUUUGCGGCUCCUCCUGUAGGAGCUCUACGCUUUGCGGCGCCGCAAGAUCCUUUGCCAGUGGAGGGGAUUCAACAGGCGACAGAGCAUGGAUCCGUGUGCAUCCCCACAGCAGCGGCCGAGGGCCUACCCGUCCCGAAUGGCACAUCCGAGGACUGCCUCUUUUUGGACGUUUAUGCCCCCUCCGGUGCUGCCGGUUCCAAGAGCCUACCUGUAUACUUUUAUAUACAAGGAGGUGGCUUUGCACAGAACUCUAAUGCUAAUUAUAACGGCGCUGGCUUGAUCAAGGCAUCUGGAGACAACAUCGUGGUAGUCACCUUUAAUUACCGAGUGGGACCCUACGGCUUUCUCGCCGGAGAAGAGGUCGAUGCUCGCGCUAGUUUGAACAAUGGACUCAAGGAUCAGCGCAAGGCACUUCAGUGGGUGCACGAUCACAUCAGCCAAUUUGGUGGAAACCCUAAGCAUGUGGUCAUUGGUGGCAGUAGUGCAGGUGCUGCCUCUGUGACUUUGAUGCUAUCGGCAUAUGGAGGCAAGGAUGAAGGACUCUUCAUCGGAGCAGCUGCGGAGUCGCAAAGUUUCGCCACAAUGCUAAACGUAUCCCAAAGUCAAUUCGCAUACAACGCCCUCACAAGCGCAACUGGAUGCAGCAGCAGCAAAGAUACACUUGCGUGUCUCCGGGACUUGGAUGUCAACCUUUUACAACAGAAGAACAUCAACAGGCCGUAUCCAGGGUUCACCGAUGCCCCGCUGUAUCUCUACAGUCCAACCAUCGACGAAGACUUGGUGCCAGAUCACACCUACAAACUCUUCCACGAGGGAAAGUUUAUCAAAGUCCCAGUCAUAUUUGGCGACGACACAAACGAAGGCACCAAGUUUGUCACGAAGAGCAUCGCCAGCGUCGAAGCCGCCGAUGCAUUCCUGCACAAUCAGUUCCCGUACAUGACUCCGGCCCAAACAUCCAGAAUCAACAGCAUAUAUCUCACACCCAACCAAACAGAAUCAUUCCCAGACGCAGGUGCCUAUUGGCGCCCUGCAAGUACAGCCUACGGCGAAAUCCGCUACAUCUGUCCCGGAAUUGACAUGUCUUCAAUCUAUGCCAAGGCAGGCAUACCGAGUUGGAACUACCACUAUGCAGUACAAGACCCCACGAAUGAAACAUCCGGAGAAGGCACAUAUCACACGGUCGAACUGAACGCGAUCUGGGGUCCUGAAAACUCGGGCAACAAUGCGCCAGCUUCGUAUUAUAAUACUAAUGCGCCUAUCAUUCCGCUGAUGCAGGCUUACUGGACUAGUUUCAUUGUGUCGUUGGAUCCGAAUGCUCGUCGUCUGCCGACGAGUCCCGAGUGGGAGAGAUGGGAGCAGGGUGGUGGGUAUCGACGUAUCUUUAUUCGGACGGGUGAGACCAAGAUGGAAACGGUUUCAAAGGAACAACAGGCUCGUUGUCGGUAUUUGGUUUCUAUUGGAGAGGAUUUGACGCAGUAG